UUGUCGCAAAGAGGGCAGCACUGUAGCGGAGAUGCUGGGGCACUAGGUUGUGAAUAAAGUCGGAACGCAUUUGUGUAGAGUACAAAUGUUAGUGCCUGCUGCUGAAUUAACUGAAAGGGAAUCUACAAAAUGAACUAUCAGCGGCUGUUGAAGCUGUGCCAGGUACCAACACAGUGUUACAGAAGAACAGUUGUAGCAGAAUAUCUAAAACCCACAAUUGUAAGCUCUUCAGCAACAAGAUGCCACUGUUUCAUUCAUACCUCUGUUCCUGUUCAAAAAGAAACAAAAGUUUUAGCUGUUGGUGCCAACCAAUCAGAUGAUGGAGUGAUAAGGAAACUAACUAGACGUUUGGGUGUCUUGGAUCAUUCGAAGUCGAAACUCAAAAGAGCUGGAUACCUCCUUUAUGAGAAUGCUGCUGACAGAAUAGAUUACAAGAAAUUUUUUAAAGUAUUUCAGAUGCCGGACACGCUGAACUCUUGGUUCCUAAUAACAGAACUUCAUGUUUGGAUGCUUAUGGUUAGAUCAAUGGCAGCUGAUAAGGAGGGAAGAUAUCUUCGUAACAUCAUUGUGGAAGCCAUGUGGAAUGAUGUGUCUGCUAGAGCCAAGAAAUUAGGUGCAGCGAAUCCAGGUCUUGUACGGGAGCAGUUAUCAGAAAUGUCUGAGCAAUUUCAAGCUGCCAUUAUGGGAUAUGACGAAGGACUGCUGUCAGAUGAUAAAGUGCUAGCUGGAGCUGUUUGGAGAAGAUUCUUUGAAAGAAAUUGUAACAACCCAGAGGCAGUUGAAUGCUUAGUAAGAUACAUAAGAAAACAGAUAAAACUUCUGGAUGAAAUUGGAAUAAAUGAUUUAAUAUCGAACCCAGACAUUACGUGGCUGCCUGCUCCAAUACCAUCCGAUGUCAGAGAUCAAGAAUUAGUAUAAAUAUGAAAAUACUGUAAAGUAGCUGUUACAAAAGCAGAAAAUGUGAAGAUAAAAGGCUGUGAGGCUAUUUCCUCAUUUUGUGCAUGUGUACGUGUGUGUGUGUGUGUGUGUGUGUGUGUGUGUGUGUGUGUGUGUGUGUGAGAGAGAGAGAGAGAGAGAGAGAGAGAGAGAGAGAGAGAGAGAGAGAGAGAGAGAGCAUCUGAUAUUUGGGUGUUACAUAUUGCACUGCAUUUACAGCUGUGCCUGUUUUUUUUCCCUCAAAAUAUUUAUUUUGUGACAGUCAUGUGCUCAAAUCUCGUUUGACUGUAACAGGUCCCAAAAUGAAAUAAAAAUAUUGAAAUUUGA